AUGACAAGCACAUCAACCCCAUCCCGCCCCUCAACCACCACCACCACCUCCUCCUCCUCCUCCGACCACCCCUCAGACCUAGAAACCGACCUUCUAACCCACCUCCUCACGACCCCCAACGCCCUCGACGACCUACACAACACUCUCCUCUCCUCCCUGCAACGCACCGGCUGGACGGAACGAGUCCGAAAACUCGCGCAGGAGCUCCUCCGAGGCGGACGAUGCGAGCGCUUCGACGAGGUGAUCGAAGCCGUCGUCGCGUCCGCCGAGGGGAGACGACAUCCGGAAGAGGAGGACGAGAAUAACAACCACCACCACCACCAAACUGGAAACGGUCGGUCGAGAAACGAUGAGGGGAAUGAUGAUGAUGCCACCAACAAUGCUACGGGAUAUUUUGAGAAUGUGGAUGUGAGGAUUCCGUCCUCGGUGGUUGAGCAAGGCGUACGGGCUAUAAAAGAGGUGCUGCGCGAGGUGGUGGUUCUGGAAGGGGAUGAUCAGGCCGACCAUUCGGGAUCUGGGGGUGGUGGUGGUGGUGGUGGGGAGGCGUCAGGGAAUGAUCAUGCUACGACCACUACCAAAACACCAGGGGCCAAAGAUCGCAUCAAAGGGGUCAAAAAUGGGGAGACUAAUGGGACGAGCGGGGCCAGUGGGAGUCCCGUCAAGAAAGCCGAUAAGAAGGUCAAGGCCAAGCAGGCGAAAUGA